AUACCUAAUCAAAAUCAAUUUACUUACAAAAUGAUUUUGGUUCGAUCGCUUAGAUUUUGUCUUGCAAUAAAUAGAACAACUUGCCAUCCUCUUCAGUUUUCUAAAAUGGAUCUGUGUUUUAGGACAAUGGCAUCCCACAUUGUUGGUUAUCCCCGUAUGGGACCCAAGAGAGAGCUGAAAUUUGCUCUUGAAUCUUUUUGGGAUGGCAAGAGCAGUGCUGAGGAUUUGCAGAAGGUGGCUGCUGAUCUCAGAUCAUCCAUCUGGAAACAGAUGUCUGGUGUUGGCAUCAAGUACAUCCCCAGCAACACCUUCUCUUACUAUGAUCAGGUUCUUGACACCACUGCCAUGCUUGGUGCUGUCCCCUCAAGAUACAACUGGAAUGGUGGUGAGAUUGGUUUCGACACUUACUUCUCCAUGGCCAGAGGAAACGCCUCUGUCCCAGCUAUGGAAAUGACCAAGUGGUUUGACACCAACUACCAUUUCAUUGUCCCAGAGUUGGGCCCUGACGUGCAAUUCUCUUAUGCUUCUCACAAGGCUGUGACCGAAUACAAGGAGGCUAAGGCUCUUGGAGUUGAUACCGUACCCGUCUUUGUUGGCCCAGUCAGCUACUUAUUGCUGUCAAAACCUGCAAAGGGUGUCGAGAAAACCUUUGAUCUUCUGUCCCUUCUUGAUAAAAUCCUUCCAAUCUACAAGGAAGUGAUUGCCGAGUUGAAGGAAGCAGGUGCUACAUGGAUCCAGUUUGACGAGGCUACCCUUGUGAAGGAUCUUGAGGGGUACCAAUUGGAAGCUUUCACCAAGGCCUACUCUGAGCUAGAAUCGGCCUGCUCUGGUCUUAAUGUUAUUGUUGCCACCUACUUUGCUGAUGUUCCAGCUGAAGCAUUCAAAACCCUAACUUCAUUGCCUGGAGUUGCUGGAUUCACUUUUGAUUUGAUCCGUGGUGAAAAGACUCUUGAAUUGAUCAAGAGCAGCUUCCCAUCUGGGAAAUAUCUUUUUGCUGGAGUUGUUGAUGGAAGGAACAUCUGGGCUAAUGAUCUUGCUGGUUCUCUCACUGUCCUUGAGUCUCUCGAGGGCAUUGUGGGCAAAGAUAAGCUUGUGGUUUCGACCUCUUGCUCACUCCUUCACACUGCUGUCGAUCUUAUUAAUGAGACUAAAUUGGAUGAUGAGAUCAAAUCAUGGCUCGCAUUUGCUGCUCAAAAGGUUGUUGAAGUCAAUGCAUUGGCCAAGGCUCUAGCUGGUCACAAAGACGAGGCCUACUUCUCAGCCAAUGCUGCUGCUCAGGCUUCAAGGAAGUCCUCCCCAAGAGUCACAAAUGAAUCCGUGCAGAAGGCUGCCGCUGCUUUGAGAGGCUCAGACCACCGUCGUGCCACCAAUGUCAGUGCCAGGCUGGAUGCCCAACAGAAGAAGCUCAACCUUCCAAUCCUCCCAACCACCACCAUUGGCUCUUUCCCACAAACCAUCGAGCUCAGGAGAGUUCGUCGUGAGUACAAGGCUAAAAAAAUCUCUGAGGAAGAAUAUGUUAAGGCCAUCAAGGAGGAGAUCUUCAAAGUUGUCCAGCUUCAGGAAGAACUUGACAUUGAUGUCCUUGUCCAUGGAGAGCCAGAGAGAAACGACAUGGUUGAGUAUUUUGGUGAGCAGCUGUCCGGUUUUGCCUUCACCGCAAACGGAUGGGUGCAAUCCUACGGAUCUCGGUGCGUGAAGCCCCCAAUCAUCUACGGUGAUGUCAGCCGACCAAAGGCCAUGACCGUCUUCUGGUCAUCCAUGGCCCAGGAAAUGACCAAACGCCCCAUGAAGGGUAUGCUCACCGGCCCCGUCACCAUUCUCAACUGGUCCUUUGUCCGUAACGACCAACCCAGAUUUGAAACUUGCUACCAGAUUGCUCUGGCAAUCAAGGAUGAAGUUGAGGAUCUUGAGAAGGCCGGAAUCACGGUUAUCCAAAUCGACGAGGCGGCACUGAGAGAAGGAUUGCCGCUAAGGAAAGCGGAGCACGCCUUCUACUUGGACUGGGCUGUUCACUCUUUCAGAAUCACAAAUGUAGGCGUUGCUGACACCACACAGAUCCACACCCACAUGUGCUACUCAAACUUCAACGACAUCAUCCACUCCAUCAUCAACAUGGAUGCUGAUGUCAUCACCAUUGAGAACUCAAGAUCUGAUGAGAAGCUUCUGUCCGUGUUCCGUGAGGGAGUGAAAUAUGGUGCUGGAAUCGGGCCCGGUGUGUAUGACAUUCAUUCUCCAAGAAUCCCCUCCAUGGAGGAGAUUGCUGACAGGGUCAACAAGAUGCUUGCCGUUUUGGAGACCAACAUCUUGUGGGUCAACCCGGAUUGUGGCCUCAAGACAAGGAAGUAUGGCGAAGUCAAACCCGCUCUUUUGAACAUGGUCACCGCUGCCAAGAAGCUCCGCGCCGAGCUCGCCAGCGCCAAGUGAGCGACCCUGAUCGAUGAUUUUCAAGAAGAAGAAAAGUCAGAAGUGUAAAGUAUACUUGAAAGUUGUACACGAUAUGGGUAUAUGUGGGAAAUGGGUUGCAUCUAUCAUAUCAUGAAUUGUAAGUGUCGUUUAGUGAUUUAUGUUUUCUAUGUGUUAUGGUUGAGUAAUAAGUGUAGAAUUUUUAAAAGGUUUUGGUCUUGAAAGUGUAAGCAUAAUGGAAUAUGGAAUGUGAGCUUGCAUAUAUAAGACCGUUCAUUGAUGAUUUUCGUA